AUGUGAUAAUAAACACGAUACAUGAUGCACAUGAUGCACGAUAAACGAUAAACGUUGACGUUGAGCCGUCCAUAAACACAAGAAAAAUUAAUGCUCGCAUCGAAUUCUUGAGGAAGACGUUGCGUUUACGUCUCUUUUUCACGGUGUCCCACACGUUAUGGAGGAGGUUCUUCAGCAGUUGGGAGUUGGAAUUCGCCCCGUAAGCGAUCCCUUUUUCGAGGAUUCCUACAAAGUCUGUAAGGUCUUCCAGAGAAAGGGAGUCACGAUCGAUGACGAGGAGGAACUCUGUCACGAAGUGAUUAAGGAAUUCUCAUGUUAUGUCCCAGGAUGCAAAAACACUUUUCAAACGCUGCUUGAUUAUGAAAUGCAUUACAACAGCUCGCAUCGAUAUGCCUGUACAGAAUGCAAAGUGUCCAGACCAAAUCCACGGCUGUUAGAAAUUCAUAUUCAGGAGACACACGAUGCCUUUUUCAAAGUCUUAUCGGAGAAACAAGCUAUGUAUCAAUGUUACGACUCUGAAUGUGAAAUAAAGUUCAACAACCCAGUAGAAAGGAAGGAACAUUGCAUUAAAAUACAUAAAUUUCCAAAAAAGUUUCGAUUUGAUGAUACAUUGUAUUAUAACAAGGAAGAUGAAUCAGAUAAAAUGGACAUUGACAAAACUGAUAUUGAUGACAAAAGGAAGAAAAAACCUGCUAAGAUAAUCUUAAAUAAGAAUCAAAGAAGCAAGAUGUUCACAAAUGAUACCACCAGUGUAGUUUGCAAAAAUAAUGAUAGUGUAGAAACAAUUUCAUCGACUACUGUAAAGUCUAAAAUUACACCAUUAGUUUUUGUCCCUAGGGAUAGUAGAUGACGUCAGGAUUGGGUAUAUUUAUCCCAUGAUAUUACCCGUAGCUGAGAUACCAUUUACUUCUAUUUACUUCACUUUUGACCUCCCAUUUGUCAAACUUCAGAAGAGGACUCAACUUGAAAUUUUUGGGGGGAUGUUUCAUCAUAAACUUUCAUUUAGCACAAUUUAAUUCCAAAUUCAAGGAUCAGAAAACAGGUAAUUUUUUGCCCAUUUUUGAGGUCACUCUUUGAUGUUAUAUCAUAUAAAAUAAUUCCUGAAAUAACAGUACAUUUGUCAUUUAUCACGAUUUCUGACAACGGAAAAACUAUUAUUUCAAAACUUAUUUUAUACUUCUACGUGGUAGAUCAGAUAUUGGACAGAAAUCUCAGUUUGCCACAUAUUUUUCACGUUUUAGAUUUACAAAAUAAUAUAUUCUAAGAAAAAAUUAAAAAAUAGAAUUGUACAUAACGAUUUGCACGUCAUUCCUUGUUGCUAACGUAACAUUUACACACCAUUAUCUUUCUCUUCGUAAUCACAGUUUCAUAUUUCAAAACCAUAUGAAACUUAGAAAAUUCAGACAUGUGUGUUUAUUCUAAAUAAUCACGGUUUUUUUUAUCAGAGAGAAAAAGGGAAAAGUGAACAGUCAUGCAAGAAGUUUCCCUAAAAAAACCAGACUUAUUAACACAUCUAUCGUCUGUGAUCUUCAUUACUGUUUAAAAAAAAGGAUUGAUAGAUACAUAUUUUAUAAAAUAAAAGAUAAAAUUCGUCAGUGUGUGCAAAAGGACAAGUUAUUCUCGAUACGACGGUGGCGAUUCCUCAUUAUGUCCCUGUCUCGCGAUCACGCCAAAUUUAGUCGUCCAUUCUCGGCUCCGGUUGAAGCUUGUCAAUCCUAGAAAAGCAGCCUGGCGCUCAAUUCACCGCCUCCUUUCUUGUGUAUACAAAUUUUUGCUCUUUUGGCUGCAUAACCCACAUUUCUAUGGUGCGCCCGUGAAAUGGCCGUAACCCGUUAUUUGCGAUUUUUCCCGUGAUCAUCGACGGUCCCGGCGACGGAUGAAUGCGUUCACCAUUUGCAUCUGUCGCACGCUCACAGACGUACGUGCACAGCAACGCAUCGUAACGGUAUCGGAUGGACGCAGCGUAUCCACCCCAUCGCUUUCCUCAAAACGUCUAGAUUUGCUGGCUGUGAAUAGCCAGAUGCACCGCUGACGCUGAUAGUUUUCUCAGGAUAUUUACAAGUGGGUGGACCAUAAAGGAAAAACGGACAUCUGAAACGGACAUCAUACUUUCUUGGAUCUUUUAACGCUAAUGAUGCUAUCGCGCCUGCAAAUAAAUUGCAUUUAUGAAAAUAUUUAAUAAGUCUACGUUCGGUUUUAAGAUUUUUCUAUAUUUUGUACUUUCAAAAGAAUUUGUUAUUCGAAAAUUUUCGAAUGUUAUAACGUGCGUUGUAUUAUACCGUACAUUGUAUGACUAUUACAAAUAUAAAAUCAUAAUACAACUGCGUGUUUCACAUGCAAUGUUUACGUGAUCCGUUAUUACUACUCGCUCCUCACCUGAUAGACGUAAUUGUUAACUGAUUUGCGAUCCGGUAUUGACGGAUUUCAUAAUUCCCACCAUGUAGUUAGCUUAUCAUUAUUCGAGACUUAGAUAUUUUUAAUAGUCUUACGUUCAUUUUUACGGAAACUGUUUUUCUAUUGGCAAUAAAGUCCCUGUCUACUGACACUCCCACGGGAUCCUUCAAGGAUUUUACCUUUUGAAGGAAAGUCUUUGUAACUUGAUGAAGAUGGAUCUUCGCGGCAUAUGUACGUUGAUUACACCCGAAUAGUUAUAUUCUAUUUAAGUUAUAAUUCAUCAAUACAUUAAAUAGUGAGAGUGUUACUUACGUUAACAGACCUAUCUCCAAAUUUUAAAGACAAAAAAAUUAUUAUAGGAUAAAACAGAUUCAAUUUAAUAACUAUUAAUAAUUAAUGAUUACAUAAACAAUUUUCAUAUUACAUAUCGUAUUUUGAUGAGCAUAUCCGCAAAAUUAAACUCGUCAGUAUUGACAAAAAUAAUAUUAAUAAGAAUUAUUAAGUUCAUAAAAUAACUUCGCUAAAAAUUGUGUAUAAAAUAAAAAAUAUGGCACAGUUAAACGCAUACGCGACCUAAAUGAAAUGAAAAAAGAGAAAUGCUUGUGAUGUGGAAAGAGAAUAUUAUAGUAGUCGGAGUGGACUGCAGAAAUUUUAGAAAAGCGGGUGUCCGGUUUCUAAGCCGAACAGCAAAGAGUUAGAGAGUUAGAGUACAAUCGCGCAGAGAAAUAUUUACUCACUAUUUGUUUGACAGACUUUUGGGAACGCUGUUCGUCAUUUAAAACUCUUAUGUAUUGUAAACUUUCUUUCGAUUUUGUUACCGUUGUUGAAUCAGUUUACCUUUGCUGCAAUUGUACUCAGAGAUUCUUUGUUCUCGCUUGAAACUUGUUUUCGCGUUUCAAGUAAAAUUUUAUCUUAAGUACACAUUCUCACAUAUAUUUAGAAUAUGUCUAUGCAGAAUUUCGAUUCUGACAUUGUAAUCAUUAGAUCCUAAAUUGCGUUUUGCAAUUCACGUCAUGAUGAACGUUGACUAAUAGCGAAUACUAACGCGAUUUUAUUACUUGAACCUGUUGUUAGUUAAAAAUAUUAUUAAAAAGUUAACUAUUACAAGUCAUCUUAAGUAAUAUCACAAGCAAAAUGUUGUGUUUUAUAACUUUUCAAAUAUAUUCGCAAAAUGCAACUGUUAUCUCGUAUAAUAUUCAUUUCUCAUCUCUACCCAAGCAGUAGGGUACUGUUAGAGUGCAAGUAGCAUUUACAUUUAAAUGAUAUAAGUUAUCAUUGAGACUCUAUUCUCUAACAAUUAGAGAACAAAGUCUUAAGAGUAACUUGUUCAUUUAAAUAUAAAUGAUACUUACCGAUUUGAUUUGCACAAAACAAUAACAAUUAUUAUUAUAACAACAAAACAAUUAUUAUAUUUUCUAGAACAGAAUUUGUUAGUUUAGUGAAAAAAAAUUAACCUUAGAAUAACUUUCUUUAAAUUAUUAAUACACCUUAUAAAAUAAAAUAAAAAAUUUUUAACAGUUGCAACAACAACAAAAAUGUUACUAACAGUCCCAAGUAAAAAUAUUUUUCAAACUAAUAUAAACACAAA